AGGGUGCGGGGGACCAUGGCCUGCUGAAGUGUCCCCCUUGCGGAAUUAAUUCAGUCUCGGGGCCAGGCCGGGCCAGGCCAGGGCGAGAAGGAGGAAGGGUCCUUCCCCACCCCGGGGAGACCCUCCUCCACCGCCCCCAGAGCGGCAGGUCAGCAGCAUGAAAAAGAACCAGACGGUGCAGGGCACUUUCAGCAAACUCUUCGGCAAGAAGCAUGCCACCUCGGCCACCACGUCGCUCUACGCCACCAACCCGCCCUGGAUUUUCACCCAGGAGGCUCCGGAGGAGGGGACCAGGGCUUUUGAUGGGAUCUAUUACGGAGACAGCCGGUUCGACACGGUGAGCGAGUCGGGAACCGCCACGCUGAAAGCCCGGCCAAGGGUCCGGCCCCUGCUGACUUUUCUUCCUCUGAAUGCCCAGGAGAACCAUGGGCUGGCUGUGCCCACCCCCUCUGUCCCAGAAGACUUUGCAGAUAAAGACCUGACAGGUACCAGCUCGCUAGUCAACGGCAACCUCCGACUGUACAGCUCCGUGGGUGACCUGAGGCCUGGGCACUAUGGCUCUGAGCCACCCAUUCCCCCACCACCCCCAGGGCCAGCUCCAGGGCCACCGCAGGACGCUUCACCACCUCCAGGGGAGUCCCCGCCACCACCUCCACCUUCAACUGCUCCCCCUCCCCCGCCCCUGCUGCUGGAACCCCCUCCGCCACCCCCACCCAGCACAGCCCCACCUCCACCCCCAGUGUUGGACACCCUAUCUCCCUCAUCUGCCCUUUCCCCUCCUUCCACACCCACCCCUCCUGACUUCAUUCCCCCAGCGCCACCAUCGGCUUUUCUGAACCCCCCUCCACCCACUUUGCCAGCCCCCGCACCCCCAGCUCCAGUCUCUCCUCACACAAUGGGGAUGCGGGUCUUUCCCCCUGCAGGUGUCACUAAGUGGAAGUCAGAGGUGACGCUAAAUGGUAGGCCCACAGAAGCCCCCAGAAAGAGCCCUCCCAGGAGCCCUGCUGAGCUCAAGGGAAGCCCUACAGGCCCUAAUCCAGAGCCCCACCUCACGUUUCCCCGUUCAUUCAAGGUGCCUCCCCCAGCCCCGGUCAGGACCUCAUCUAUCCCAGUUCAGGAAGCACAAGGAGAUCCCCCAGAGGAAGAAGGGACCAUCAGGAAGGCCCCUGGCCGCCUCCCACUGCCUCCCAGCUUCCACAUUCGCCCUGCAUCUCAGGUCUACCCAGACAAGGCCCCUGAGCCUAAAGACCCCAGGGAGCUCAGCACUGAGGCCCCGGGCAGCCCCAAGCUCAGGCAGCAGUCUCAGACAAAUGGACAGGCUGGAACCCCACCCCCAGCCCCUCCCUUGCCUCCACCAGCUCCUCCUCUCCCUCCCCCAGCACCCCCACUGCCCCCAGCCCCUCCUGGGCCCUCUGCUGAGCAGGCGGCCCCUCCAUCUGCGGGGCUUAUGAAGACCCCCAAAUCCAGCUCACCUGCCCUCAAGCCCAAACCCAACCCCCCCAGCCCAGAGGACACAGCCUCAUCAGAACCUGUGGACUGGAGGGACCCCAGGCAGAUGGAAAAGCUUCGGAGUGAGCUGGCCGCCUAUCUCUGUGGCACCAAGAGAGACGACCGAUCAGGCAGUCACAGAGCAGGCCCCAUCCCCACCGUGGCCUUGAAGGACAAGGAGGACAAGAAAGGCCCCAGUCUGCCAGAGAAGGCAGCUCCCCUGAGCCCGCCCGAGGAAAUGCCCCUACGUGCUCCUGAGGAAGGCCCCUGCCACACCAGUGCCCCAGAGCCGGAGGCCACCGGCAGCCUGACCCUCCCGCCUGUGGACUACAUCUCCCAAAAUGCUCCAGCCCCCAGCGUCCGGCAGAUCAGAAAUGAGCUGGAGGCUCGGUUCUCCUCAUCAUCAGAGAAGGAAGCCAAGCCCAACCUUCCUUCUCUGCCUCCCAAGCCUCGACUAGAAGGAGGAAAGGUCUUGGAAAACGGGACCCACAAUGGCAAAUUCCCUAAGCCUGUGGACACUGCCCUUCUUCCAGCCACACCACUCCAGUCCAAGGCCACAGCUGGGCCAGCCACACCACCCAAGACCACACAUGGACAGGCCACGCUACCCAAGGCCACACCACCAAAGGACACAUCUGGGCAGAUCACACCACCCAAGACCAUACCUGGGCAGAUCACACCACCCAAGACCAUACCUGGGCAGAAUACACUACCCAAGGCCAUACCUGACCAGAUCACACCCCCCAAGGCCAUACCUGAACAGGCCACACCACCCAAGACCAUACCUGGGCAGAUCACACCACCCAAGGUCUCACCUGGACAGGCCACACCUGAACAGAUCACACCACCCAAGGCCAUACGUGAACAGGCCACACCACCCCAGGCCAUGCCUGGGCAGAUCACACCACCCAAGGUCUCACUGGGACAGACCACACCUGAGCAGAUCACACCACCCAAGGACAAACCUGCACUGGCCACAGCACUCAGGGCCACACCUGCCCUGACCACCCCGUCAUCUCAGCUGGUGGCAGAGAACCACCAGCAAGGUAGGCAGCCAGAGAAGCUGGAAUCUCAAGAAAGUGCAGCGUCCUCCCAGCUAGAAGCAGAAGGGCCUUCAUCAGAGGCCACCAGACCGCCCACAGGCCGACCCCGGCCACCCUCACCUCCUGCCCUCCCACCAAAGACGUCCCCCAUCAGAGAAGAGGUGCCCUUUCUCUACAAGCCCCACCGCAACCAGAACAGCCCCAGCCGUGAGAUUGCUGUCGUGAUGCCCACGCUGGCCAGAGCAGAGGCUGCUGGGUCCGUGGAGGCGAAGGAGCCCCAGAGCCUGCCAGCUAAACCCCUCACCCCAGCGCAGCCUGCUGACCCGCUCCUCAGACACCCCGUGACCGGGGAGGUGGUGGAGCGCGGCUCCCCGAUGGCCCUGCUGCUGGCAGCCAGACAGAGGGCACAGAAAGCAAGACCUGGAGGUAUUGCCCUGGGGCGGUCCUCCCUGCCUGGGAGUCUCCGUGGUCAUAGCAACCAGCCGGAGGCCAGCUCUGACAGCAUCUUUUACAACUCUGGCCGGCCCAACUCCUUCCUGGUGGUCCCCAAGGUACCGGGUGAGGCUGAGAGGGACUCCCAGCUGACCUCAGCCCGAUCCACUGGAUCCAGUCCAUGGAAGCCCCGGUCGGCAAGAGACGCAGAAGGACAGGAGCCAAGACACAGGCACAAGUGGACAAAUGCCGAGAGCCCGGCCCGUGUGGCCUGGGAGAGACCCUCGCCCUCCAGCCUCCCCCAGGGCCGCGCGCUCCCCAAGUCUUUCUCUUCUCCGCCUUCCCCUUCCCAUAAGAGGAAGGAGGAAGAGGUGGAGGAGGUGGCGGUGGACUUGGGCUUUGAGAUCAUCCCCCCGCCGCCGGAGUUCAGCAACGACCCCGAGCCCCCCGCCCCGGCCCUCCAGUACGCGAGCCGCCGAGGGUCCCCGCCCAGGAACGGCGGCGCGGACCCGGGGCGGCCCCUGGACGCCCGCGGCCUCUGGCGCUUCCCCGGCGCGCACGGCCCGGCAGCCGGGAGUCUGGGGGGGCGCUGGGCGGGCGGCGGCCGCUCGCUCAUCAAGAAGCGUCUGUACGUCGGGGACCCCCCGCGCGGCGCCGGCGGACGCGGCCUCAGCACCCCCAACUGCUUCGGGCCGCCGCAGGCCCCCGGAGCCCCCGAGAGGCGGCGCGUCCACUCGGCGGGCCGCGCGGCCCCGGGCGGUCCGCACGCGCGCAGGCGGUCGCUGGAGAGCGGCGGCGCGCGCGGCCCCGCGGAGGCCAAGUUCAAGGCUCCCGGGGGAGGAGGAGGAGGUCCCGGAGGAGGCGACUACGGCUUCACUCCGGCCACGGGCAGGUCUCCUCGUGGCCCCGCCCAUUACGGAAGCCCCAUCAAUACGUUCACCGUGAGGCCCGGGACUCGCCACCCCAUCUCCUAUGCCUACUCAGGGGCCCACCGGAAAGCCACGUCCUGAGCAGGGUUCCCGCGGCUGCUUCCUAGGGAUUGGAUCUGGGCACUUGCUUGUU